AUGGAUUUGAUUGCAAGAGGUGGACACGAUGGUGGAAACACAAUAUCAUACCCUCAAAGAGAAAUGGAAACUGUCUUGGUAGACCUUGCUGUGGAUUUGAAUGCAAGACAUGGACAAGGUUGUGGACAAGGUGAAACCCCAACAACAUUGGGCACUUUAAGAGCAAUGGAAACUAAAAUGAUAGUCUCAAGUGAGGAUUUCACUGCUGGAAGCACCACAUUAAGCACUCCAAGGGCAAUGGAGACAAUAAAUGUUGAGUCAAGUGGAGGCUUGAAUGCAAGACAUGGACAAAGUUGUGGACAAGAUGAAACCACAACAUUAGGCACUCCAAGAGCAAUAGAGACUAAAAUGAUAGUCUCAAGUGAGGAUUUCACAGCUAGAAACACCAAAUUUAGCACUUCACGAGCAAUGGAGAUUGUGGAUGUUGAGUCAAGUGGAAGCUUGCAUGCAAGACAUGGGCAGGGUUGUGGACAAGAUGAAAUUGCAACAUUAGGCACUACAAGAGCAAUAGAGACUAAAAUGAUAGUCUUGAGUGAGAAUUUGACUGUUGGAAACACCUCAUUAAGCACUCCAAGAGCAAUAGAUACUAUAAAUAUUGAGUCAAGUGGGGACUUGAUUUCUGGAAAGACAACAUUAGGCACUACAAGAGAUAUAGAGACUAAAAUGAUAGUCUCAAGUGAGGAUUUGACUAUUGGAAAGACCUCAUUAAGCACUCCAAGAACAAUCGAGACUAUAAAUGUUGAGUCAAGUGGGGACUUGAUUGCUGGAAAGACAACAUCAUGCAUCACUCAAAGAGCAACGGAGAUAGAAUUGGUGGAUGCUGGUGGAGAUUCAAUUGCAGAACAAAAACAGGAUCGUGGACAAGGCAACAAGACAAAAUUCAGCAUUUCAAGGGAAAGGGAGACGGAAACAGUGGUCUGUAGUGUUGAUUUGAUGGGAAGACGUGAACAAAUCUCUAGAACAGGUGGAAAUGUAACAUCAGAAGCAAUGAAGAAUAAAGUAGCAGUGACAAAUGAGGAGUCAGUUGCUAGAUAUAGAAGGGUUUAUGGACGAUGUGUAGUAGAAACAGGUCCAUCAUCAUCUGAAGGAAAAGCAACAGACAAGAAAAGAGAUUUGUCUGUUCCUGAAAGAGUAAGUUCAUCUAAACGAGGUGCAAGAAGAGGCAUACAGGGUACAUGGAACCAACCUACUCAGAAGAGGGCGAGAAUUGGAGAACAAAAUAGGGAUAUUUGUAAGCCUGGACCAAGAUCACUAAUGGAAGAAGGUCCAUCAUCACCUGAAAGACAAACGGCAAACAAGAAAAGGGGUUCACCUUUGCUCGAAAGAGAAAGGUCAUUCAAACGGGGCACAAAAAGGGACAUGCAGGGUACAUCAAGCCAACCUACUAAGAGGGUGAAAAUAGGAGAACAAAACAAAGAAAUUAGUAAUCUUGGACGAAGCUCAAUAAUGGAAAAUGGUCUAUCAUCACCUGAAAGACAAACAGCAAACAGGAAAAGAGGUUCACCUUCAUCUGAAAGAGUAAGGCCAUGUAAGAAAACGACCCUUUCAUGGUUGAUAGACUCUAAGAGUAUUAAUGAAGACGAACGAGUAUGCUAUAAGAGUGCCACAAUGAAAAAGGCAAUAGCAGGAAGAAUUAAUAGGGGUAGAAUUCUCUGCAGCUGUUGCCAGGAGGAGAUAUCUGUGUGGACCUUUGAGAGGCAUGCUGGAAGUGAUGUUGGACGGCCCUAUGAACAUAUUUAUCUUCGCAGAAAGCGCAAAUCCCUCCAGAAAUGCCUGAUUGAUGUUUGGCAACAUGCCCGGGAACGUAAACGUCGGUGUAUGUUUUUGUAUGUGCCAAAAGAAACUGAUGCAGACCAAAAUGAUGAUGUUUGUUCAGUCUGUGGCGAUGGGGGAGACUUAAUCUGUUGUGACAAGUGUCCUUCCACGUAUCAUCUAUCUUGCAUAAAUAUAGAGCUGGUUUCUCAAAAUGAUUGGUUUUGUCCAUAUUGUGUAUGCAAACACUGUGGACUGGUUGUGGACCUGGUUGUUGAGAAAAAGAAAUACUAUGAGAAAAAAGAGGGCUUCAAGUGCUCUCAAUGUGACAAGAAGUGUCAUUGGGAGUGCUUUGAAAAAUUUGAAAAAGAAUUCUCAAAACAAACUGUGGAUCUUAAACCUUCAAGAUCAUAUUGUGGGCCGGGCUGCCAAGAGAUAUAUGAGAAAAUGAGAGUAUCACUCGGCAUCAGAAAUGAUUAUUCGGCAAAAUACUCUUGGAGGGUCAUCCGCCUAAUGGAGACAUUCAAGAAGGAUCCUGCUGAAAUGCAUCUAUACGUGGAAAACAAUUCAAAGGUUGCAGUUACAUGGAUGUUAAUGAAUGAAGCUUUUGAGACAAUAAUUGACAGAAAGACGGGCAUCAAUGUGGUUCAAAGUGUAGUUUAUAGCUGCAAGUCAAACUUAACCAGGAUUGAUUUUAGCCGUUUUUAUAUGUUUGUUCUGGAGGAAGAUGAUGAGAUCAUUGCUGCAGCUUGUAUAAGAUUUCACGGGACAAGGAUUGCAGAAAUGCCAUUUAUUGCUACAGAAACGUCAUACAGGGGGCAAGGAGUUUGCCGGGAAUUAAUGAGGGUGAUUGAAUCGUUCCUAUGCAAUCUUAAAGUCCAAAAUUUGAUAAUUCCAUCUGCUGUGGAGACUUCUGAUAUGUGGAAGCGCAAGUACAACUUUACUGAGUUGAGUCAAGAGCUGAAGAAAGAAAUAUCCUCCUAUAAAAUUUUGAUGUUCCCAUGUGCUUUAAGACUCUACAAGGACUUGUCAACAAGCAUAGCAGACAUUAAGAAUGACCAGGUGACUUCUAGACUUGAACAUGGACCCUCAUCAGGAAUAUUAGUAGAAGAAAAAGAGUAG